AUGUCUGGUGGCGCUCGGUCCCCUGCCGCGGGAUGUGUCUGCUGGGAAGGCCGAAAGCCCUCCGAAGCAAGCGGGAGACUGGCGAAGAGAGAAGUGCGAGCGGAGGGGGAGCAAGCGAGUGAGUGCCUCGAAGUGGAAGUGUUGACCAACAAGACGUUUCAGCCGAUCAAGAACGUCAGGCAGUUGCACUACACCUUCUUCUUGCGGCCACGGCCGGAGUUUAUAGACAUCAAGUUCAACAUGAUGAUCGACAACCUGUGGAACCUGGCGCGGCCGUACGAGAGCUCCGAAACCAUCGUGUUCUCGCUGGCCGAUGUCGAGGAGGCGGCCGAGCGCCAGAGCUGGGUCGAGAUCACGGCCGACUACUUCAAGCACGAGGUGAUUAACGGCCGCGACAAGCACGGUCUGAGGGUGACCGUCGGGAACGUGACUCGCAAGAUGAUCUCCAGCCGCUGGUGGCGAACGCACACCUUCGAGGGGUUCCUGGUGUCCGCCAGGGGCCCCGCCACGUUGCUCUUCGACUGCCCGCCGCAGGAGGUGGCCGCCCCCGUGCCCGUGCGCCUCAUGAAGACGCCGGUGUUGAUGGGCGGCAUCCUGGUGCUGGCCUUCCUGCUGGUGGUCGUGCCCUGGGUGUGCUUCGUGUACAGGAGGCGCGCCAACGCAGACCUCAGCGAAGCCCCGGACGUCCCGCCGCUCCCCAAGUCUCUUCAGCUCCUGGAGAAGAACAAGGUAAGCAAGUGCCCGGACCAGGAGAACGUGUACGAGGAGUUCGACGAGGACACCCUCUCUCGCCUCCGUCAGAAGCUUUACCCUCAGAACCUCCGGGGAGAGAAGAAGGGCCCGGGCGAUUCCGAGGCGCCCGUGUACCAUCACUACGAGAAGCUGGGCAAGCCUCGCCCUCUCCUGCGGCAGAAGGCGGUGGAGACGACGGAGAAGAGCGCCCCGGCGGAGAACUACUACGAGAAUGCCCCCACGAUGUCGCUGAGGGAGGAGAAGGAGAAGCUGCGCAAAGAGGACCGCCAGAGGAGUCUGAGCGAGAGCCACUACGUCGAGAUGCACGGGAUUCUCAACCGGCGAUCGUUCGAUUUUUCGAAGUGAAUGGGUUGGAGAGGAAGCCGUGGGUUCGGGAAGCCGUUAGAGGACUGGAUCUUCUUCCCUUUAUACUUUUGAUUCGAUUUUACGAAGGGAGUUGGGCGUCUGCGAAGAGGAUUGGAUCUUCUAGCGUUUCUAUUUA